GUGCCACAGUACUGCACAAACCAAUUCCAUUCAAAAGUGUGGUUGAUUAGUUCAAGUUAGCUUAAAAUUACGAUAAUUAUCUACUUUACGGUCAUUUUUAUUAGCGCUGUCCUCUACAUUUCACGAUCCGAUUAGCCAUUUCCCUAACCCGCACGCCUUUCGCUCGAAAUAAUUCUCUUCCUGGCGAACGGCAAAAGUUUUCCCUUGGCGCCCGGCACACGGGUCAGCGGGAAAAUCGACCAACGUCCUUGGAUUGCGUUUCGACUGCGUGAGUGGCUGUCAAGCAGCAUGGACGCGUGAGUUCCCCGCCGACGACCGAAAUCAUCAUCGCUUUGGUCCCAUUUUUCCAAUUGCAUCGUUUUGUGUUGAUUGGCUCGUGGUGUGACGGGUGUGUUUUCGUUUUUGCGCUUCCGACAUAUUGGUGGUCCGAAGUGCCGUGCGUGUUUCCAGCAGACAGGAGAAAAAUCGCCCGCACAGGGUAAUCGAUAUCGCCCCACAAAAAAAAAGAAAAACCCGGAACCUUCCUCCUUUCUGCCGUGCAGAACUCCCACCUGGUUCGUGUGACAGCGAGAACCUCUCUGGGACCGGGACCGCAAGACGGACCAGACCGAAUCAAACCAACCGAACCAACCGAUUUCCACCGUUUCGCUCCAUUUCCACACAUUCUGCAUCCGGUCCUCAUUAGUGCUGAUCACCACACCAGAAACCGAUCAGAGUGCGGACCGCGUGUAUCCCAUUGCCGAGUUGCCGUACGUAGUUCCCGUCAGUGUUCCGCGUGUGCGCUUGCCUUGCCGCGUGUACGGGUGAGCGAGACGUAUGCUGUAGAGAGGAGUUCGGCUGCGAGCAGUGCAAAAAUCGGUUCCCGGCGUGUGUGCCACGAUCCGGACUGGGGCGGCUAGAAAACGUGCCACACAGUGGCCACCAGAGCCAGAGGACUCAGAAAUGAUCAUACACGGCCGGAACGCAAGCAGCUGAAAGAGUACUCCCCGAUUCAGAUAUUAAGCUAGCCUGUGUGAGACAGUUCGACGACACUUAACGAGCGACCUGACGUAGAGUUCCUUCAGAAGGGUGUGGAAUCAGUUGUUUUUGAGGUUCAGAGAGGUUUUCUGUACGAUCGACUUUAAACUCCUAUCAGCCGUGUGGAGUAAGGCUGGUUGGUGUGGUGAAAUCCCUACCGUUAUCCGUUCCGAACGGAGUGAUUGCGCUUCUUUGAGUGGCUUUCCGAGUCCGUAGCUGUCCGCGCGCGCGAUACGUUUGUCUCUGGGGCGUUAAGCACCACCGACAACCACCCCGCCUCCAAACCCCACUUCUUGAAACGAUGGCUGUUUUUACCAAACUCUGCCUACCAGAUAUUGUCAAAUUAAAACGCUAGUUAGUAACCGCUGUCGUGUCCAUCCUCGUGUUUGUCGGUGGUCAUUGCAAGAAUUUACUAACUUAACGUUUUAUAAGGUACAAUAUCUGCAUUCUUGGUUUUUUUCUCCAUUCUUUUCUUUCCGUUUCACUCGCACAUUCACUUGUAUUUGAUUAUUAGUUACACACCCCUCCCUUUUCCGACAUCUCUUUGCCUUUUUGUGAUACAGUUUCCUGUCCGGUGGGAGGAACAAAACCUGAUCACGCUUCGAUUGAUUUCUACUCUGCCAUUGGUCGGAAGUUAUCGUUUUGUGAAAGUUCUAAUUUCCUUUUCCUUACCAUUGAUUCCGUUACUUAACCUGGCUGGUUUAAGUGUAGCUCAUACUUUAAAGUACACACACACACGCUCGUAUUAGGCAUUACUAUAAAUACUUAAUAAUUUUAACACUAACGUGCUUAAAAGCAAGGGAGAUCGCGAGCGCUAGUGCCGCCAUUUUGAUUAAUUUUUCCGGCACAUCGGUGGAAUUUUAGCAGCACAAUUGAUACAAAAAAAAAAACGGCCACAGUUUCGGUGAAGUAAAAGCCACAAAACCCUUAACUAGAGUUUAGCAAUAAGCCUUAAAAGCGAACGGCGCUCACCUCCUAAAGAAGACAUCUUCCUGUUUUUGAACGUGAUUGAAUAAGACUUGAUACACCACACCGCAUCAUCCCGUCUGAGCGAUUUUAAUUAAGUGAAAAAAGCAAAGCUUUUUGUGUUUCGUUUUUGUUAAAGCAUCCAUUAUCUCAGAUUGUAAUAAUUACAUUUCUAUUGAAUAGUAAAGACAAUUUCUGUCUGUCUCUUAAAAGUUAGUUUGCAUCUUCGCAAAAACACACUCCACUUUCGGCUGAUCGGAGCAUUUCUAUCCAAAAAAAAAAAAAAAAAAAAACGCUGGUCGGUUAUCACUUGGAUCCUUAACACUUUUCCAUCCACUACUGUUUGGAAUACUGCCCCACUCUCAAAAAGUCAAUCGCUUAAGUUCGUCAUCGUCGGCUAUAUCUGGGUGAAGCUUAAACCGCCGAGUGUAAGCAAGUAAGGGAGCAACAUGGAACCGUUUUCACCGGAUAUACUGUGGCUGGUGAUCGUCGGCUUUGUGAUAGCGUUCAUACUGGCGUUCGGCAUCGGUGCGAACGAUGUAGCGAACUCGUUCGGUACCAGCGUCGGGUCUGGUGUGCUGAGCAUACGCCAGGCCUGCUGGUUGGCGACCGUGUGCGAAGUAUCCGGCGCUGUGCUGAUAGGCUAUAAAGUGUCCGACACGAUGCGGAAAGGUAUCCUGGAGGUGGAGAUGUACCGGGGCAGCGAGAUCGAGCUAAUGCUCGGCUGCCUGUCGGCGCUCGGCAGUUCGGCGUUGUGGCUGCUGGUCGCCACCUUCUUCAAGAUGCCCAUCUCCGGCACCCACAGCAUAGUGGGAUCGACGAUCGGGUUCAGCCUGGUGGCACGCGGCACGCAAGGGCUCAAGUGGAACACGCUGCUUACGAUCAUCGGCUCCUGGUUCAUCUCGCCCGUGCUGAGCGGUCUGGUGAGCGUGGUACUGUUCUGGCUGAUCCGCCGAUUCAUCCUGCACGCGAAGAAUCCACUGGAGGCGGGACUGUUUGCGCUGCCGCUCUUCUAUGGUGCGACAUUGGCUGUGAAUGUAUUUAGUAUCGUGCACGAUGGACCAAAAUUGCUGUACAUGGAUAACAUCCCGCUGUGGGUGGCGCUCGUGGUCAGCCUGACGCUCGGCCUGCUCGUGCUUAUCAUGGUGCGGAUGGUGGUUGUGCCGUGGCAAAGGCGCAAGAUCAUCAACGGUGCGGACGGUGCGAACAAGACCGAGUUUACGCUCGGCGAUUCGGACGGUGACUCUUCGUCGAACGGUAGUCCGCGCCGGGCCAAGCGACCGUUGUCGUUGGUGGCGGGUGAUGGUAAAGCGCUGCCGGCCAUUACCGAAACGACCGAGCUGGUGUCGCUGUCGUCGCAGCACCAGCAGCAGCAGCAAGCACCCGCGAACGGACUGGUGAAGAAGCUCUCGAACGAUCUGACGGCAGCCGGCAUUGGUGGCCCGUACAGCUUCAACCCGGAGAUCGUGAAGAAGGCGAACAGUUUGCUCGGUGCGCAGGACAAAACAAGCCUUGACAACACGGACCUUACGGUGACCAGCUUGAACUACAUCGACGAGUUUCAGUCGUACCACGGCAAUGGACGCUUCCAUCUUGGCACCUACUUUGACCGGCGCAACAGCACGAACGUAUCGCCGAAAUCGCCCGACUCCGGACAUCUGAGCAAUGGUGGAUUAAAAGAGCAACCAACCGUGAUCGCGCUACAGAACGGCAAAUCGCCCACCAGUCCAAAAAGCGAUAGUACGCUCCCGGUAACGGAUUACGCACUAAUGCCGCAGACGGUGUUGCUGAGCAGUGCGGACCAGGACAUCAAAAAGACAGACAUGUGCAAGAUCGAGGCAGCCGCCGGUUUGGAGCAUCCGCUCAUCAGCGCAACGCUAUCGCCCAACUCGAGCAAAGUACCGCUGAUCGGUGCGAAGGAAGGUUCGGAGGAAGACAACCGGCGGCAAAAGCCGGUCGAGGAGAAUGAAGAUGUGUCAAAGUUGUUCUCGUUCCUGCAAGUUCUCACCGCUACGUUCGGCAGCUUCGCGCACGGUGGCAAUGAUGUCAGCAAUGCUAUCGGACCACUGAUCGCUCUGUUUAUGAUCUAUCGCGAAGGUUCGGUACUGCAACAGUCGGAAACACCUCUCCUGAUCCUGCUGUACGGAGGAUUGGGCAUUUCGGUUGGUUUGUGGCUGUGGGGUCGUCGCGUGAUCGAAACGAUCGGUAAUGAUCUCACCAAAAUUACUCCAUCGACUGGUUUUACCAUCGAAAUCGGUGCCGCCCUUACCGUGCUGAUUGCGUCCAAGAUCGGUUUACCCAUCUCCACCACCCACUGUAAGGUGGGUUCGGUGGUGUUUGUCGGCCAGGCAAACUCGCGGCCAAUGUCGUCGAGCGAAAGCAGUAAACAUCCGCACCAUCAUGCCGUGACGGCACAGCAGAAAGCCGUCGAUUGGGGACUGUUCCGCAACAUUGUGUACGCGUGGGUCGUUACCGUACCGGUAGCGGCCCUACUAAGUGCUGGUUUUAUGAUGGUCCUUCGCGCGAUUGUGUUACCGUAAGCUGAAGGAGGUGUGUUCCUUCGUCCCUGACCACCGCUUAAUAGCCGGAAAACAGCAAUGAUAGCAAAGUGACGGAGUGGAAAAACAAAAUGCAACCAGCGCGCUCGAGAUACGAUUCAUUCGCGAGGCUGGGCCUUGCUGGAGUAAACGUUGCGCCCCAUGUUUCCGGUGCAGAUGAAACAACUGGUUAGGCGGGGAGCGUACUCAGCAGGUCGUUCCGGGGUCGGGUCAUCGAUCCGAGGGUCACUUAAUCUUAUCUCCAGAACUUUAGUUACUUAAGCAACAAACCACUUAAGCUAGCAAAAAUAGUUUGGUACGUGCAAAUAAGUGUCCGUUAGUUUAUUCUCAUCUCAGAACAGGGUUUUUCCUAUGUUUCGAACGCCACACACACACACACGCACUAGUCCGCCCGGAAGAAGGACUACAGAUUAUACAGGGGUUUUUUUGUAUUGUUUUCGGAUUAAAGAUGGCGUUCUUUGCUUCUCGAAACCAGUGGAGGUUUUAGGCUUUCACGCGGAGCACUAGCAGCGGGAAAGUAUGCGGCCGCCCGCCCGCCAUCAUUCGUAGUUCCGAUUUUCUUUCCUAUAAGUUGUAAUUUUAUCAUUCUUCUCACUAGGAUUAGCGGUCGGUACGCAACUGUAUGCACACAGUAGGAGUGCUCUUAUGCCCUUUGCUUAGCAAAGUACAAUGGUUAGGUUGGUUAAUAGGCUAGACAGAGAAAGGCGUUUGUUAGGAAUCUGUUGCGGGACAAACAGAAAGCGGUGGUUCGGAUUGUGCAGCUGUGAGGUGAGAGUGCAGCGCAGUAGUGUCCCAGCCCAAAAACCACGGCAAAACAGAAAGUGGGAAAGUAUAUCAAAAGUUACACCUAAGCAGCAGUAAAGGAAAUAGAAAAUAUCAGAAAGAAAAGAAAAACGGCAUGGUAUUGAUGAGGCAAAGUAGCAGAGAUACACAUUCAUAACAAUUAGCAAAAAAAAAACACACACACACAAUACCAUUAACAGAUUGUAGCGAUAUUCUAAUUUACUGAUCGUUAGCGGAUAAAUGAGGUAAAAGCUAGCUUAGUUUCUCUGUAUGUGUGUGUGUGUAUAGAGUGAGAUUCUAUGUAGCGUUAUGAGUCGCGCAAUUAUUAUCAGCAUAAACUCAACAACAACAAAAAAGGGAUACAACACCCCUUUACGCCCCCUAGCUCAAACCAACCCAGAAAUGGUGGUGGCCAUUAGAAAGAGAAUGGCGGCGAGAAUUAAAAGAAGAAGAAAAAAAAUCGCGAGGAAGAACAUAAAACUAUGUGAUUUUUAUUUGCCUUUCCUGGUGGUGGUGGGGAUGAUGGUUUCCCCCACUCCGUUUUUGUUUUACCGCAAAGAAAAAGUUUUACACACUCAUUACAUUUCUCUUAUCGGGUGGCUUUCGCACAGAAGAAUAUCUAACGCAUCACAAGAAGAGAAGAAAAAAACAGGUCAAUUGUUACCACCAUUCAUUCGCUGCGAUUCAUUCUAAUAAGGGGCCUAUAUCAUCCCAUGCUACCACACCCAUUUACUGACCAUGCCUGAAAAAUGCUGCCAAAUUGUUGCUUUUGAUUUGUUUCCGAUGUAACACGCUCAAAACUUUAACUCGAAAAGCCAAAUUAUAUCCAGCAUCGUAAGCGAUGAAGUUGCAACGGGUGGUCUUCGACUUAAUAGAGUAAUAUCCCGACGGGAACCAUAACGCAGUUACACGAGCAGAUCUCUCAAUAGCAGGUGUAGUAGUUGCUGUACUAUCUCUAGGUUGUAAAAUCCGAUCGCUUCCGCCGCCAAUCCAUCCUAGGCAAUAAGUGUACCGUAGAUUCCGUCCUCGUGUGGAAUCCGCCGUGUGUGCGCCGUAGUCAACGGCGAUGACUACGAGAGCUUCUCUGUAUACAAACUGACGUCAGCCUAUCUAGCUGAAUACCGUGAGCGCUGUAAGCGCUGGUUCAAGCAAAAACAAAAAAACCAACCUUAAACUAAGCAUCAGCUUAGUCAAAAAAAAAUUGGGGCAAAAAGAGUCAAAAACGCAACUUAAAAAGCAAAUGAAACUAGUGAUGUGCAAAUUGAGUCAGAAUGAGUGAAUGAGUUAAAUCUUAGCAAUGAAUAAGAUGAUUCAACUUGAGUUGAAUCUCAUUCCACGAAAUGAUUCAACUCAUUCACUCUGAUUUAAUUCACGUUACUGAGCGGCGAUUCCCAUCACUAAACCCCGAUUUCAAAUGAAUAUUAGCCAAUGUGAUUAUACCCAAAAAAAAAGAAGAAAACUCACCGUAAUAGUUAGCACCGCACCAGGGCAUGGGGGGCAGGAAGGAUCAGUGGGAUGUCUCAUGCCCUUCGACCGACCCCCCGUCCCUGUGUGCGUGUGCGUCUGUGUAUCGAUGUGUAUUGUUAAUGUGUAAAAAAAAGGGUGUGAAGUGUGUGUGUGUGAGUGAUCGAGGAUUCGACCGUUGUUAAGCAUAUUACUACAUGUUGAAUUGAGAAUACACUUCCUGGAUAUGCUGCCAUGCAGUUUCCAUCCAACAGUGCUAGUGUUAGUUGGAAGAUACACAAAACCAAUAGAGAGUCAUUUAGUGAGAGAGAGAGAAAGAGAGAGAGAGAUAGAACCACAUACACAUACACACAUUUCAGCCAAAGUUCUGGAUGUUGUAGAGAAAGAGAGAGAGAAACCAGGUGAUACCUAACGAUGAACUCGUUUAAAGAUUAAGACGUUACACACAAAAGAAAACCCUAACGUGUGAUUUGAUUCGAGUAGUGAUGAUUGUGUUUUGUUUUUCUCGUCCACCCGAUUACUUUACUACAAAAUCUUUGACUAUCGUGGUAGGAAUUGAACGACCCUUGAUGCUUCCCUUUCCUCUUUUUGCUUACACUACACUAACCCUUUAUGGGUUUGAGCAACGGUUUUUGUUGCUUUUGAUGAUGAUUUUAUAUUAAUUUUGAUACACAUUUUUUACUUCUUUUUUUUUUGUUUUUGGCCACAAGCGUGCUUCGGGAUACAUAUUUUUGUAAGGAGGAAACCCCACUUCACACCAAGAGACUGUAACGGUACGAUUUGUCACGUACUCAAGAGCCGAAUAUUCAAAAUCCGCGGUAAAAGAAUUGCUUUUUUGCAGGAUCUUGCGUCAUUUAAUAUACACUUUGAACGCAAAAAAUAAGAUCAUACUUCCAGUAAUAAGGAUCACGCACGCAAAACUCCAAUUCUGCUUAGCUUCAGCAGUAGCAGCCGUUUGAGGUUCCCUAAAAGCCUUCCCCAAUGGCGCAACGUAAAACCGUAGAUUAGGUAGAGUUUCCGCCAGAAAACACUCCUGAAAUCCUUUCACACACAUACACCAUCGGCUAGCUUACGCCAUCUUUGUUGCACGCGUGCUGCGUUAAUGGAUUAUCUGUUUCAUAAAAAUGUGCUCUUGUGUGAUGAUUUUUUCCCAUGUCCGUUUUCUCAUUUCAUUAUUCAGUUCCAAAGGUUUCUUUUUUUCGAAAUCCUUCCGGGAACGUGCGAUAACAAAGCUUCAUUAAAACGAAGGCCGCACCCUCCGGAAGGCUCACUAGCCAGAAAAGUAAAUGUGCUAAAACAAAACCUUAGAUAAGAGAGACCGUUAUUUUUGACGUGAAAAGGGGAAACACAAGCAAGCAUUAGAUCAGGAAAACACCCCCUUCCAAUACGGAACCGCGGAACACUGUUGUUGACUGGCAUGAUGGAACAAUGAUGGAAAACCCAAACAUCUUUCAACAUAGGAGAAAAAGAAACCCCGAAAAUUGGUAAAGAAUGAAGAAAAAAAACGUUAACUUUGUCGAAGGACACGGAUUGUUAUAAAGGAAUGGGCAGAAGAACAGUUUGAAGAAAUAGGAACAUUGAAGGCACACAAUUACCUGAUAGCAAGAUGAUAAUAAGUAAGCAACGAACGGUGAAGAGCGGUGAAAGCUAGAGCGAGACCAACAGCCGUGUUCCUGCAGGGCAAUGUGAACGGUCGGUAGGAAAUGGAUUGAGAUGUGGCUGGAGCUGCGUGAUUGGGGUUGUGUUGUUGUUGGGGCUGCUGCAGCAAAGGAAUUCAACUAAUGUGCGAAGGAAACCCCGUAUGGCGAAAAGAGCGGACAAAAAAACCAGUACAAGAAUGAACAGAGCUCUCAGCAAAAUCAAUAAAUUAAGUCUGAAACUAAA